AUGGGAGUGAGCGAUAAGAUUGCGAGUCAUAAGUUUGCUGAUGAGGACGAGUCGGACGACGGCUUGAAGGAUAAUUGGGACGAUCCGGACGAAGAGCCCGUCGUCGCGACCGAAGCGCCAAAACCGACAGCCGUUUCGUCGAAGAAGAAAAAUUUGUUGUCAAAGAUCGCCGAAAAGGAGCGCAAAGAACGCGAAUCGAAACCUCAGACCAGCGAAGAACUGUUGGCCGAAAAGUUAGAGCGACAGAGACUUCAAGAAGAGUCGGAUCUAUUGUUGGCAAAGGAAGCGUUUGGAGAGUCAAACUCAUCGACGAGUGCUUCUGGUCUUGACAUCAAUCUUAACACGAGAGAGGAUUUCGAUUCAUUCCGCAAGAGUCUGAUCGACAAACUGCUAGUUUAUGAUAAAUCUCCUCAUUUUGUGAACUUCUUGGAGAAUCUGUUCCGCGAAUUAUGCGUUUCUAUAGAAUCGGAUGAUAUAAAGCGAUUGUCCAGUAGUUUGACCGCACUUUUCAACGAGAAAGUAAAGCUACAGAAGGCCGGAGCGAAGGGCAAGAAGAAAGGAAAGGGUCCGUCAGUUCAUUUGGAGCGCAACGCCACCGCAUAUGGCGAUGACGCGGGUCUCGACGAUUUCGAUGACUUUAUUUAA